UGCCUCCACUGCCGCCAUGGCGCCCGUGAAAAAACUUGUAGCGAAGAGGGGUAAAAGAAAAAAGAAGCAGGUUCUGAAGUUCACCCUUGACCGCACCCACCCAGUAGAGGAUCACAUCAUGGACGCUGCCAACUUUGAGCAGUUUCUCCAAGAGAGAAUCAAGGUAAAGGGGAAGACUGGGAACCUCGGCGGCGGGGUGGUGAGCCUCGAGCGGAGCAAGAGCAAGACCACCAUGACAUCCGAGCAGCCUUUCUCUAAAAGGUAUCUGAAGUUUCUAACCAAAAAAUAUUUGAAGAAUAACCUACUUGACUGGCUGUGCAUAGCUGCUAACAGCAAGGAGGGCUACGAGUUACAAUACUUCCAGAUCAACCAGGACGAAGAGGAGGAGGAAGAUGAGGAUUCAACUCGUUUCUUUGCAAUAUUUUGUAUGAGUUCUUGA